AUGGAGCAAGCCGGGCUUCAAGGCUCUAAGCUUGAGAGCGAAACUACUACCAUUGCCGAUGGCAACACGAUUGCUCGCUGCAAUCUGCGCAACUGUGCCGUCACUAGCUCCUCGGUGAAGCUCAGCGACUUCUCUGACUGCGUAUUCUCGCAUGCACGCUCAGUAAAGCAAUCGACCGGGACGAAGACGCACUUCCACGAUGUAUCUUAUGCCAGCCGCAGCACAUUUUCCAAUAGCAUUAUUCGAGACCAAUCUAUUGUUCAUCGGAGCGAAGUAAAAACGUCGACAGUGAGGGAUGCGAGCAAUGUGAAGCGCAGCACUAUUAUUGGAUCAAGCAUUUCCCACACUUCAGUAUCAAGAACAACUUUGACCGACUGUGAUACCGAGGAAUGCUUCUUCGAACGUUGCUCUUUCAAGGGUAUGAUACUGAAAAAUGGAUACUGGAAAAGGAAUCAACUCGUCAAGAAGGUAGGGAGCAAGGAGCCGGUUGCUGUCAAAAAGGGUGACCUAGUGCCUGUGGUGAGUACAAUCGUAUACCUCGAUUCACAGCAAAAAGGGUAG